AUUCACAAUGGCCCACACCAUUUCCGGUACCCACUUUCUCAUAUGAUGUUGAGUUAAGGCUUCGUAAGGCCAAUGAUGUUUAUGCAAAAACUGGUAAAGGAUUAAGUGUAACAAGAGACGUUAAAAUGGAAAUUCUAGAUAAGCUGGCACAAGAGAUCUUUUCACUGAAAGCCUACCCUGACAAACAUCAAAUUGAAUCUGUUGCCUCUGAACUUGUGAACAAGCAUCCUUGUCUUAUGGAACCUGGUAGCAGCAGAGGUUAUGAUGGCUGGACAACAAGUAUAAAGUACAAGCUCGGAAACUACAGAUCAAAGCUGCGGCAGGCUGGCUGUAAUGAGGUUUGUGUAAACAAGAAAAGAGGGAAGGAUAACGUUGAUGUUAGGUUUUCCUUGAAAAAAGCCAAGCGAGGGGAAGUCAAUCAUGUUCCUGAUCAUCCAGAGAGCUAUGAUGAUGAUGCACUUGAAGACCAAAGAUGUUUCCUGGUAAAUACAAUGAAGAAAAACUCCAAAGACAUGGAACUCAUCAGCCAAAAGAUGGAACUUACAUUCUCCCUCAGGAGGAAGGAGAUUGUUGAGGUGGAGCCCAUGGUGCAGGAGAUUCAGGAGAGAUGGCCAGCUCUGUUUCUUGAAGAACAGAUUUGUGAGGAAUUCUAUCGUGUCACUACCAAGGAUCUGUUGGGGACCUUUAGAGCAGCCCUAGACCAGUACACUCUAGGACUGCUUAAACUGUACCGUGCCAGAAAGGCAACUUUUGGUGAUACCAUGGAAGGACUCUUGGAUAGGCUUGAUAAAGAGACAUCUGACAUUGCACUGCACAGAAAGACAACUUGUCUAGAGGGGUUACCCAUAUUUGUACGUGACACUUCUAAAAAGCUGUUCUUGACAUGCCUGGACACUGAUCCAGAUGACAAGCAGACCACAGGGGUCCAAAUGGGUAUCCUCACUGUUCUAGUAGAUGACGACGCACCUCCUUCCACACCUACAGUAAACAGUAUUGCCAUUGUGUUGGAAGAGUCCAUUGUCCUCAGCGAUCUUCCAGACAUCCCCACUGCCUUUGCAUACCUUUUUGGCCUGCUCUAUACACUGAACAUGGAAUUCCCCAAAGAGCACAAAUACACUUUUGAAGUUGUACAGCAUAUCUUCAUGGAACUUUCAAGCACUUGCUCACAGCGUGUCAGAAGCUUGAAGACUAAACUCUUAAUGUAGGUUUUAAGCUGAUGUGUUUUUGUUUUACAUUAUUUUAAGAGGCUUGCUGUCCCGAGCAGCCUAUUGGACAUCGGAAGAUUUUAAAAAGUGCCACAUUUACACUUUUAUUAUAACCCAGCAAUUUUGAGAUAUAGGCCUGUUUUUACUUGGGUAUAUAGAAGUUGAACUUUUUUUGACUGAUGACAGAACUGCUGGAAGAGGCCAUUUUCAGUUUGUUUACUUCUUUUUUGUUUAUUUCGAGGAUACUGUGCAGUACAGAGCACAACUAAAGGGAAAGGUACAGAAGUCAAAAAUAUUUCAAAAAUCCCAUGCCUGACAUCUGACUAAUAAUUUUUGAUUAAAAAUGUAAUUAGGUUUGUAAUUAGGCCUACACGACAUGUUAUUUCAACAGUGUUUCAAUAAUUACUGAAGUUUUCAAGGUGUGUUUAUACUUGUCACUGUACUUCAUUUCAGUUUUUAUGUUCUGUAUUUUGUUAUCAAAGUCCAAAUUCUGAUUUCCAUUUUCAUGGUCAGUCUGCAUCUUUGUUUUUUUUUUUUGUGUGUGUGUAUGUACCAAUUUAAAUUUGGGCUAAAUGCAAAAGGUUAUUUAUUAUUUACACAAGUUCGUAAACAAUAUUGGAUCGACAGCAAUUGUUUGAAGAGACUUCAUGUGCAGUUUUUCAUAUUUUUGACCUGGUUCAAAUUUUGGCCAGGACAGGUUUAACCGCAUACAGAAUUGAUGUUAUUUUGUUGGCUGUUAGCUUUUUUGCAGUUGCUUCAUUCUGGACGGUACCAUGCACCUUGAACUGUAUCUACCUUUAUUUUUGUUGUUUCUUUUUUUAUAUUUAACUAUAAAUGUUGCAUUGAAAAUUUAAUUAACAUGCUAAGCUGUUAAAAAGGUAAGUUUUUAUUAUUUUGUUUGAUUUUUUUAAACAGUAUAAUUUUCUUGUUUUGCCACAAAAUAAGAAACCCCUCCAGACAAAAUUAAGUUUUAGAUAGCAUGAAGAAUGCUAACUUACCCCACUUUUUUCAUAAUGUAAUUUGAGGAGAAUGUUACUUGACAUUUAACAUGUGAAUGAUUCCAACUGGAAAAAUGUUAAAAUUGUUAUUCUUACUGCUGUUUGUAUUAAAAUAAACAUUUGAAU